AUGCACAACGCGGAGGCACUCUGCAGCAGUGGACAUGCCCUCUCCGCCUCCGUUGACGUGACGUCAGCGACGCUGCAGCACUUGCGGGAGCAGCAGACGAUGGGUCAUCUUCUUCGACUAGAAGCGUUGAAUUGGGAAUGGCUUGCUUUGUCGGAGAAGUGUUCAAAGUUCCGUCUGGGCUCUAAGCGUGCUGCAAUUGUCGCCGCCAAGCACAGGGAGGCUGCGCUGCGGGCCACACUAUUCGCGAAGAGACUCAGGGAGCUACUCAAUGGUAGUGUGCACAGACACCACCAGCAGGAAUGCACAUUGGAUAACUUUUCCUAUUCCUCAGCGAGCGCCAUUCGUGUAGUAUCUUCACUAACGGAGCUGCAUUCUGCUGAUGCACAGGUGGUGGAGAAACUGCUUGGCCACACGCUUGCUGUUAUUGACAGCAGCCACACCAAAAACAACAAUCAUUUCAGCUACACGACUCUGCACGCAGCCCUGGCACACUGGCUGCAGUCCCACUACCUCGCACGGUACACCACGCAGUACCUCCCAUUGGCUUCAGGCCUUGCUACAACGCAUUUGUCUCUCUCACUUGAAGAGCAAUGCAAGGUAGAAAAGCGGCUCAUGGCACAAGAGGCCCAACAGCGCCAAGAAGAACGCAGGCGUGCACAAGAAGCACGACGCACACAGCUCUCCAUAGCAAAGGAACGUCUAGAGAAAGCUCAGCGCAAUGCUUUUGACCUACGAAAACGAUUAUUCAUUCUGCGCGAAUGGCUUACCGGGCAGCAGCGACUUCCAUCCGGCAAGCUCCUUAACGCUAUUAUGUGCAGCGAAGUAAUUUGUCGCAUUCAAGCCGACGUGGCCGUUGGCGAACUAGAAUUUGUGCUUCAGCUGACGGCAGACAAUGGUAGAGCACUAAAUAACUUUGCAGCCUAG